AUGCAAGAAAGAGUUGUUUUGAAAUUCAUCGAUUCAAAGUUGCCAAGCCUUGAUGGCAACCAUUCUCAUGAUCAUCAUCACUAUUAUUAUUGUCAAUUACUUGCACGACAAUUAAAUGCUCGGAAGAAUAUUAAAGCCUUUUCCGGAAAAUUUGAAAUUGUGGUUGAAUUUCUAGUAAUACCAAAAACAACAACAAAUAAUUUCAAUCAUGGUUCUGAUGAUCAUCAUGAUGAUGAAUCAAAGGAUCCUCCGAAUGAUUCAUUCCUUUCUCAUCAUCAUCCAAUCAUUGAAAUUCAUGAAAUUGCAAAUAAUUGUAAAUUUAUUCCUGUUUCGAUGGCAUAUUCAAAGCAACAUGAUUUAAUCCUUGUGGUGGAUCGCAAUGCAUGUUUUUAUUUUUUUCAAAAAGAAGGUCAACGAUUCGUGAACAUGUUUCAUGAACCACAAGAUUGGAAUUAUCAUUUAAUGUCACAUCAUCCAAUGAACAUGAUCGUGGAAAAUUGUGAAAAUGGAUGUGAUUAUGUCAUUGUAAUCUUUUCAAAUAAUAUUCGAAAGUACAAUAUGAAAUGGUAUUUCAAUAGUAAUGGAACUCCACGAUUGGUCUUAAUUAGAAAGUGGUUCACCAGUGAGAAGGAUAUUCAGAAAUUAACAAAACAAAAAACAUUUUUCAGACCCAAUGCAGCAAUUGUGAUUAAAACGGAUAACAAUCACCAUAAUGCACUUCAUGUCACGGAUGGUGUGAAUAUUCAUGUUUUCAACUCGAUCAAUGGUAAAUUGUUAAGGACUCUUCAAGUUGGUGUGCCGUUGUACUCGAUUGAUUAUUUACAAGAAACCAGUGAAUUUGUUCUCCUCUCAGAUGACAAUAAUAUUAUUCUUUACAAUGAAACGUUACAAAUGAUCACAUCGACAUUGAGUGGAGAAGAGGAGAAUGCCUUAAAUCAUACCAUGUCUGAACAAGUAAUUGUCGAUCGAGCUUCGAGAAAUAUCAUUCGAAUUGGCUCUCACUUUGAGAAUGCAAUCAUUGUCAUUUCAGGAGUCACACGAAAUCCCAUUCAUGUGUAUGGUAGGAACAUGAACCAUUAUAACAUCUUGCCUCAAUGUGCCUGCAUGGAUGAAAUGAGUGGUGAAUUCAUUGUUGCAGAUCGUCGUGGUAGAAUUAUCAUAUUUAAAUGA